UAAAUUGAAUAAACAUCGAAAAGAAAAGAAAAAGGAAGAGAAUUUUACGCGAGAACAAACAAGGAUCAGUCGUCGUCGUCGUCUUUCUCCUCAUCUUCGAUUGCGAUUGCAGCAGAUUUUCGUGAUUUGGCUGUUUCUAUGUUGCAAGAGCUUCGAUUCUAACCUCUCUGAGGUGGGUGUGGUGGAGACAAACCCUAAGGAGAAGGCGCAGCCAUGGACAUCGAUUGCGAGAGCAAAGGGAAACGAAUCGACAAGGAUAAUAUUCGUGUCAAGCGGAAAACUUUGCAAGCUUUGCUCGAUGAUGUCCAGAGAGCCCUCGAGCUUUUAAACUUAGCUGAACUCAGUUCUGAAGAUGACGAAGAUGAUAAAAGCAUCGGCGACGGCGAGAGAAAUGGGUCACAAGAGAAGGAAUCGUGCAGGGGAGAAGAAGUUUCUUCUUCCGAUCGAGAUGAUCCUGAAGCUGAUCAAUUAUAUGAUCUCAUGAAAUCCAGAGUUGAAUGCCAUGACUUCAUUGGAAAGAUUGAGUCAGCUCAGGUAUCAGCGCCGCAACAUCUUGCUGAAGAUAGUAGCUCAUGGGAUGUAGUUAGUGAAGAUGAUCUUUGGGAUGAUGAAAGCAUGGCUCAAAGUGAAGAAGAUUAUGUCCUUGUUAGGGAAGAGGAUAUAGCAGAGGGCAUUGCAUGUUUCAUGGCUACUUAUUUAUCAUCACUUAAGCAGAAAAAGGAUUUGACUCCUGAGCAGCUUCAGAAAGCACUUAGCAAGAUGUUCUCAGUGAAGAAGAGAAAGGGGAAACUUCGAAAAGCCUGGGAUGGAAGUAAGGUCGCGUACAAUGUAGCAUCGUGGAGCGCAACUGUUAUAGGGAUCUAUCAAAACCCGGUGAUCCUCAGGGUUGCAUCAAAGGCCUUCUGGGCGUCAUGUCAUGUAAUAUCGAAGCUCGUCUGAUAUGACAAAAGCCUUUUGAACACAUCUCGCCUGUGUGAUGUGAUAAGUUACAGUUGAAGUUUGGGCUCAUCCAUGAUCUCUGUAAAUAGAAUUCCAUCUGUCUGUCUAUUGAAUGCCAUUUGUGAUUCCUUUCUUUAGUUGUACUGUUCUCUGUAUCACCUCUUCCAUACAUAACGAAUAAAUGCAUGCUAGAAUCA